ACUGCGCACAUUGCGUAAAUACUAACAACAAACAUGGCGGAUGAUCACACGGACGGAGACCAAUCUAUGGAGGGACACACACCAGUGGCUGAAAACCCCCAUGCUGAAUAUGGCCUGACAGAAAACAUCCAGAGAAUAGCAGAAAAUGAGAAAUCCAACACAGAGAAGGUCUCCAAACAGAAGGUGGAUCUGCAGUCCCUCCCCACCAGAGCGUAUUUGGAUCAGACAGUGGUGCCCAUUCUUCUCCAAGGGUUAUCUGUGCUGGCCAAGGAAAGACCCCCAAAUCCUAUUGAAUACUUAGCAGCCUUCCUUCUCAAGAACAAAUCACAGUUUGAAGAUCGAACUUAGGCCCCUGGAGGGAUUAAGUAUUUGCACUAUCAGGCCAAGUUGGAAUUCAAGAAAAUAGUUGUGAUUUCUUUGGUUGCUAAUGUUACUGGGCUGUUUUUAAAAGCAGAAUAAAGAUUGCCUGCUAGGAAAUAUAGUUCUCUUAUUUUAGUGCUGGACUAGUUGUUCAUUCUUGAAUUGUGGUAAUUGCUGUCCCUUGAAAAAACACUUGACAUUCAAUGUAUUUAACUCUUCAGUAGGAAAUUGUAGACCUUUAUACUGCAAAACAUCUGCAUUCUAGAAACUGCUCCCUUCUUGCAAAGUACAGUUUUUUUGUGAUUGAGGGAAACUUAUUUGGAUCAAUAAAAAACAAAGGCAAGAAAAUGCUUUUUCUUUAAUUAGUAUGUGUCUCUCAGUAAUAUGCAACCCUGUUUCCAAAAGUUGGGACGCUGUGUAAAAGCAAAUAACAGAAUGCAAUGACAUGCAAAUCAUUUAUUCCUAUAUUUUAUUGAAAAUAGUGCAUAUGAAAUGUUGAAACUGAGAAAUUAUGUUUUUGGAAAAAUACAUGGCCAUUUUGAAUUUGAUGCCAGCAACAUGUUUAAAUAAAAUUGAGACGGGCAUGUUUA